AUGCAUGUGCACCAAGGUGACCAAAUUUCUUCUGAAUCUGAACUUGAUGAGGAGAUCACACUUGUCACAUGUGCCGUCCUUCGCCUAGAAUACACUGCAGAAACAUUCGACAUAGCAAUUCCGCUACCAGCAACAGAGGAUGAGGUCGUCAAUGCGAUGCAGCUCGUACGAAGCCGAGAUUCAGCUGCCCACUUCCCUCGUCUCAUUUCUGUGUUGCCCCAGCCGUCGCUUGGGGUCGCCGCCUUUAUCGCACAUCCUUCAUGUACGGGGGGAGCAGAUCUCAUCUGUGUUGAUGCAACUGCUGUUGAUGGGCGCAUCUUCGUUGCACAGUCACCGGCAUAUGCCAGCAAGAGUGAACUGGUUGCCAUUGCGGGCCUGCCAGCCGGUGUUGACUUCACUGUCCUUUGCAGUGUUGAGCAAGUGCCUGUCACGGAGCAACCAGUUCAUCUCUUCCCAGGAGCACUUGUCACCUUUCAGUACCCUGGUCAGGAUGCUCCCCGGAAACACACGAUUGGAGAAGUACUUCAACAGCGAGAGAUGUGGGGCCGACAGGCCGACCUCCCUCGUGUUGCCUUCUCUGAAGCCCGUUGCUUAGUCCACAAGGGACCUGCCCGGUUGUGUGUUGAUGCUACGCGACAGCCCAUGAGGUACAGAGACAAUAUUGCAGGUGUUACUGGAGCCGACCCUGCAAGAAUGCGCCUGUUUGCUGCAUCCCCUGCACCAGCCGAUGUCGCCGUCUUGGGUGUGCCAUGUUGCGCUGUCAUUGCCGUAUGCCAUCCUCCGCCCGGAGCGCGUUGGCAAAACUGGCAUUGCGCUCUCCUCGAUUGUAGGUUAUUGAGGGACUAUGUGCCACGUGGCUGUGCACUGCGACUUGAUGGGAAGCCGGAAGGUCCGGGAGUAUUGUGGAUCGCCCCCGGCCAGAUCAUAGUCGCCAGUCUUGUCAGUUCCGCCGAACCUGCCUUUGCAGAAGAACAUACUGCGCAUGGAGACACUGCGCCCAGUGAUCCUGUUGAUGCAGACUGGGAGAGCGGCUAUGCUCCCCACACCGCAACAGGGCAGGAUGGCACCGGGGGUACGAUUACCACUACUACCGAGGAACUAGGCCAGCCCAUGCCAGCAAGUGCGAGGGAUCCUCAACGGCGACAGUGGUUCCCACGUCUUAUCCCAGCCAGCCAGCAGACGAAGCCUGGCUAUGCCAUCCUUCUGGCAUUGCCUCCUUGGGAUGGCCCAGGCGUUGGCAUUGUCAUCGACAAUGCAGUUGACCCACGAGGCAUAUUUGCCAUACUAGCCCCUCCAAGGCCACAGCGACACCACUUCCUUGUACUUGCAGGGCUUGCUCAGAGACAAAAUGUCCACGUUUACGUGCGAGACAUGCCAUGGCCCCUUGCUGAGGGUAAUGAGCUGACGGUUGACCAUGGGGACACCAUUUCAAUUCAGCCCACCCACCAUGCUGUCGCAGUCAUCACCACCCUUGGUGAUAUGCUCCAGGAUGCCUCCAAUUGGCAUGACGGACCAGUAAGCACUCGCAUCCGAAGUGAUAACCUUCUCUUGUUGCAUGACAGGGGGUCCUGCCUUUUUCUCUAUGACAGAGAAAGGCGCCACCUCCUGCGACACGACUUUGCCAGCCUCCUGCACGUGCCAGAUUUUGACCUGCGAAUUCGGCCGUCUAGACCUGGCAUAGCAGACCUGAAUGUCAAGGGCACGUGGGUUAACACUGCCAUUAUUGCCACCUCCCUUGCAAUUCGCCUCGAUGCUGGCGGAACUGGUCUGUUUCCCUAUGUCAUAGAUGCAAGGCCAAUCAUGCUUGGGAUCGACUGGGCUGCCAAUGCCGAGGGUGUCCUCAACCUUCGUCUUGUUGCACAACGCUUCUCGCACCGGACAUGGGAUGCGUCCGGACUUGCUGAACGACAGUCGAGGGAUCAGGCCAAUGCACUAGACACACCCAGCGAUGGUGGCUAUCCUUCAGCGCGAACUGAUAGGCCAAUUGCGACACCUUGCCGCGGCAACAACAGCGGUCAAUCUGCAUGUCCAAGUGCUGCUGUUGUUGAAGAUCCCGUCAUACUGACCGCCGAUGAGAGUCAGUUCCAGGGCAAUAUCACUUUUGCAGCGGAUUAUGCACCAGCCUCCUGGCUGGGACCCACUCUGCUUGAACAAUCAGUACGGCAAGCUGAUAAUGCUGCCUUUGCCCUUGCUAGGACUCUUCUUGAAGCCAUCAUAGAGCAUCGCCAAGCCCGCGAAACAGCGCAUACAGGCCAUUCGACUGAUGAACUUGCCCCCGUGACUUCGCUCCCUGUCCAGCCUGAACCCGAGCAACUCGGUGGAGCCAAUCCACAACAGUGUGCGAUCCGCCCUUCCACAGGCAGGACCAUCAGCCUUGCUGCCUUGCUCCCUUCCUGCGUUGCCAUCGACUUGUCUCAGCAAACCCUGAAUAUAGGGAAAAGCCUUGAUGACAUUCUGCCCAUACUCACGACACCAUGGGUGCUUGCAGCUCCGCUACCACAGAGCAUUGUUCUCCACGACAGCACAGUAGAUGCUUUUACACGGCACAUUGAGCCUCCAGCUGAGGGCAUUCUGCCUGUUGCUUUUGAGAUCUACACCGAUGGUUCUUAUCAACUUUCCCUAAGCAGUUGGGCUUUCGUUGUCAUUGCUAGGUGGGAAGCGGGAACCAGCUUUUGUGGCUAUGCCUCUGGCACUGUUGCCCUACAAGGCGAUCCCAUGUACCUUGGAGCAACAGCCCAUUCAGCCGUCAACGGAGAGAAAACAGCUCUGUUCUGGGCAACAGCAUGGGCCCUUAAGAAACCUUGGCAAGUGCCGUGUCGAAUCUACAGUGACUCUACCGUCGCCCAGAACCAAACCGGGGGCGGGUUUAGUACCAACCCUGAGGAUGUCCUCGGCAAUGCUUGUCGGUCGAUUGCCCAAGCUGCUGAGUCGCUUGCUCAACUUUACCAUGGCAGCUUCGAGCAUGUCAAGGCUCACGCCGGGAACCCUUACAACGAACUUGCUGAUGUACUCGCCAAGGCCAGGCUCACUGAGGCUAGCGCGCCUCCAGCCAUUGCUGUGCUUGCUUCAUGGGCAUGUGAUGGCGACAUCGCGUGGUUAUGGUUGUUGAUUGAAGCUGUCCUGCGGCCAGCAUUGUGGCCACAAUUCCAACGUACCUGCCUCUCUGAUGCCGGUAGCCGAAAUGUUGCCAAUGUCCAUGACCUCUACCGCUGUAUUGCCCCGUUGCAGAAUGUGCCUGCAAAAGCAAGCCCACCUGCCUUGCAAACUUUCCGUUUUCAGCCGAGGGUCAUCACUGUCAAUGUGCAGACACUCGCUGAAGACCAGGCAGCUGGAGUGCUUGGGCGAGUCCCCUAUAUCCGAGAACAGUUGCGAGCUGUCAAGGCCUCUGUUAUCGGCCUACAGGAAACGAGGGCCAAGCAGUCCGAAACAAUAUCUUCUGCCACACACAUCCGGUAUCUUUCCCAGAAGGAUGCCAGUGGAGCGCAUGGUGUCGAAGUUUGGUUCGCGACCGACGUUCCGUAUGCCUGGGCCGGCAGCACGCCCAUCUUUUUCCGGCAAGCCGACAUCCGAGUACUCUCUGCUGACCCCAGAUCCAUUAUGACCCGAGUCGCCCGGGGCAACUUGAGGUUCCUAGUCAUUGUCAUCCACGCGCCCACUGCCCAGGACCCAGGCAGGGAUCUCUGGUGGAAGCAGCUCCGAGAGCGGGUUGUUAGAGUCGCCCGGGGAGACCCGGCCAUGCUGCAGCUUCUGCAGGAUAUAGACAACUGGGUUCCAGCGACUUAUGAAGGCAUCCAUACUGGUGAGUCCUACACGUGGGUUGCACCGGGGAGCGGAGCGGCAUCCAGAAUAGAUUUCAUCACUAUCCCUGCUGCAUGGUCAGUUUCUGCCGAUGGGUCCUCUGUGCUCUAUCAUGUAGACUUUGGUCAAACUGGCCUUGAUCAUUAUGGGGUAAUGCUUGAUGUUGACACAUGCCUGCACGUUGGCAUGCCACGCACCGCCCAUGGGCCCAAGAUUGAUCGAGUCAAACUUCAGAGUCCUGACUCACAAGGAGUCCUUGAUCAAAUUUGUGCAGGCGUCCCUGAAGUGCCUUGGGCAGUUGAUGCAAAUGAGCAUUAUGCCACAGUUGCGGCAUACCUUCAGGACUCACUUGCUGUUGCAUUCCCCGCCCCGCGCACUAGAUGCCGCCGGCCCUUUUUCAGCCCCACAACGUGGGACCUCCGGCAACGACGACUCGAUCUUAGACGACGGCUCCAACGAGCCUGCGGACACCUCAGGACUGCAACCAUUCGUGCCGCAUUUGCUUCGUGGACGCAACCGGUCCGGCCCGGCCAAGUUUUGGCCAAAUCCCUAGCUGCUCUCAUUCGAUGUGUGCGGCAUGCUGGGCAGGACAUCGCAGAGCUGAGACAACUGCAGCCGACUCUGCGGCGGUCCAUCCAACACGACCGCAAGGUCCAUCUACGAGCCGUUGCCAAUGAGGCAAUGAAGUCCUCCACUAAGGACACGGUCAGCAAACUUCGUCCCCUCCUAGGACCACCCAAACGUCUGUGUAGAGGCACCCAGGCCUUACCUACGAUCAGACUUGAGGAUGGUAGUGUUGCUGCUGACAAAGGAGAAGCUGAUCGUCGCUGGCUCCGCCAUUUCAGUGCCAUAGAAAAUGGGGAACCUGUUGAGGUACACCAGUAUAUCCAAGACUGUUUGUCCCGACAAAGCCGUGCUGAUCUUGAUCCACUCAGUCUUGUCAAAAGCGACCUCCCCACUCGCAUUGAGCUCGAAACAAGCAUGCGGGCCAUGCAAUGCGGCAAAGCAACAGGCAACGACGGGGUAGUCCCCGACCUGCUCCACCUCAAAGCAGCAGGCCUGUCACGCACCCUUUACCAAAUCUUUCUCAAGGUUGCCUACCGGAUUCAAGAACCGGUUGCGUGGAAAGGUGGCACACUCCAUUCAAUCUGGAAAGGACGUGGCUCACAGGCCGAGUGUGAAAACUACCGGGCAAUCCUUGUUAGCAGUUCGGUAGGUAAGGCCGUGCAUGGGAUGUUCCGAACCAGAUGCUCCGAGUACCUAGAGGUCGCUUGUACCCCGAUGCAGAUAGGAGGUAGACGGGGACAGCCGGUGCAGAUCGCCACACAUGCGAUCAGGGCUUUUCAGAAAGCUUGUGUUGAUCGUCGGCUCUCAUGCGCCGUCUUGUUUGUUGAUCUCCGUGAAGCCUUCCAUCGUGUGGUACGCCCCCUUAUUCAUGGAGGCAACCUCAGUGAUGAACAUCUCGCUGGAGUAGUCAGAGAAAUAGGGCUUCCACCUGCCUCCCUUCACCGCCUUUAUGCGUACGCCCGGGAACAGUCUUUGCUAUGCAAAGCAGGUGCGUCCGCAUGGACAGCUCGUAUGCUUCAAGAGUUCAAUGAAGAUUCCUGGGUCACCUACGGUGGUGGCCCUGAUCUUGCUGUUGUGCGAGCCGGCACGCGACCAGGUGAUAAUCUGGCAGAUAUGACCUUUACCUUCCUCUUUGCCGAAAUCCUCAACCGCAUCCGUGACACCUUUGCCGCACAAGAUCUUGCUGUCCGGAUCCCUUGGAACCAGGACUGGCUCUGUCGCCCUAGUGCAACUGCCGAGGCCGGAAUCACCAGUUGUUCGCCAGUCGAUGCAACGUGGAUGGAUGACUUAUCCAUUGUCCUGCAGGCUAGGACAGCAAGUCAACUCCUCUCCAACCUCCGGGCUGCGACUCGCAUCACGCUUGAGGAGUGCCUCCAAGCGGCAUUGCUCCCGAAUCUCCGUGCCGGGAAGACCGAGACGGUUGUCAGCUUGUUUGGCCAUGGUGCCAAUAAACUUGCAAAGGAGCAUUUUGGUGGGCGGGAUCCUAGUCUUAACCUUGAGUCCGAGCUUUGGCCUGGCGCACGCCUCCGCCUCGCUGCCUCCUAUAAGCACUUAGGGGGUAUCAUCCAUGCAAAGGGAGGCCUUGCCAAGGAGGUCAAGGCUCGCCUUGGAUUCGCUUGGAAGGCGUUUACCAAACACCGCAAACUUGUUUUUGGUUCCCCCAUCAUAGGAAUAGGGGAUAAAUCCUGCCUUUUUACGUCGCUCGUUGAGUCCACCCUUUACUACGGCUGCGGUACGUGGUCAGGGGUCCAACCUGCUCUUCUUGCCCGGUUGCAGAGUAAUGUUGUCAAUAUGGCACGAUGCAUCGUAAGUGCAGGCAAACCUUCUGAAGAAGUCUGCCAUCUCAGUCCGGGGUGCAUUCUUGCGGCAGCCCGCAUUGCCAGCGUCUCUACCUCCUUGCAUGUCGAAAGGCUUCGGCAUUUCAAGGCGACUGUCCUGAAGGCCACGAACGAACUGUGGGCCAUUCUCCACUAUGAAGGAGAGUGGUUGCAGGAGGUGCAAGCCUCUCUUCUAUGGCUCACGGAACGGCAUCGCAGGAUCGUCCCAACAAGCCAUCCAUGGGAGGGCUGGGACAAUGCCAUUUCCUUCAUCAGGCAGCAGCCCGAGGCCUGGAAGAGAGCUGUCAAUAAGGCAAAGCAAGUUGCUAUUCUCGAAGAACUCUGGACAGCUGAAGUCCAACGGCACCAGGGCCUUGCAUUCCGGGCCUAUCUCAGGGCAGGUGCUGCUGUCUCCUCCGCAAUCUCACAAAGAGACGACCAACAUGAGAUCUGUGCAAUUUGUGGAACGGUUUUUGAUGACCUGAAGGCUUGGUCACACCAUGCUUUCAAAAGGCAUGGCCGUGUCAAUCCCGUUCGCAGACUUGCCACAGGGUCACAGUGUGCUGUCUGUUUAGCUCAGUUCCGUGCUAAUAAAGGUCUCUGUAACCACCUCGCUUAUAGCACUGCAUGCAGACAUGCCCUCCUAAACUCCGGCUUCCGUUGCGAGCCUGAACCCGGCACAGGCCACCGCAAGUUCGACUCGGGACACAACGUCCUUGUGCCUGCUACGCAGGCUCAAGGACCCAGGGGAAGAUGGGACUUCACACCUGUUGUUGAUGAACUGCAUCAACCAUCCGAUCCCCUCCUCCGCGACCUUGAGGCCUGUUUCUGUCACGAUGCCGAUAAAUUUGGUUCCUGGACGGAACUAGUAGGGCAUGUCCGUGGUGUGUUCCGAGGACAGUGCUUACAGGUCUCUAGGCUGCAGGCGACCGCACAACAGUGGCACAGUCAACUUCAAGUUGCACUCAGCUCUGAUGAAGAAUGGCCAGUGCAGUGGGCAGUGUGGCACCAGAGACUCGCACGACUCCUCUGUGAUGUCAAUUUUGUUGAGUGGCUUGGUGAGGGAGCGUGUACUCCUGAGCUAUUGACAGCCACCUUCCGAGACGCUGCAACCUUACUCCCUUGGCUUGAGUUUGAUGGUCUCCACAUCCUGUCACAAUCCACCCCAGACGAAGUUUACUGCUAUUGUGUGCCCGAAUGGACCUCCUUGCCUUCGGAAAUGCCGCACCAUUCCCGGCGCACCAACGAGCUCAACUUCGAAGGUUGGGUACAGGAUACAGACCGAAGUGGGUUUGUCUGUCUCUAUGGACUUGGAUUUGAGGUCGACUUUUCUGCACCCAGUCCUCUGUCGUCCUACCACUGUCUCGAGGGCCCACUCUCUCGUUUGCGAACCUUCUCUGACCUCAUUCGAGGACUUUUCUACCUCUGGACGAAGGAAGUGCCAACGUGCAUUUUUCUUCCACCGAUCUCCUGUCCUGCAGUAGAGGUCAUUCGCAAGAUCGCACCCUUUCGAGCACAGGUACUCGAUGGUGACCUACUUGCGAAUUUCAGUCCAGAUGGUUGCUUUUAG